ACAUUUGGUAUCAGAGCUUUGUGUUGAACAUCCCUAAGGGAUCAUCUUUACACGCCUCCCUCAUCUCUUUUGUUACUAUCAAUUUUCAAGCCAUAUAUCCACCAUGCCAAGCUCUUCUCCAAACAUGUUUCAAGAUGAAUUAGCUACUGCCCAGGAGAAACUAAAGAAGGAAGUUGAACUUGUGAUGAAACAAGUCAAGGAGCUCACAAACUCAGUGGAAGUCCCUACUUUUGAAGGAAGAACUGACCCGGAAAAGUUCUUAAAGUGGUUAGCCAAGGUUGAACACAUCUUUACCAUCAAAGACAUUCCUGAAGAUAAGAUGAUCAAGUUAGUGACGGCCAAGUUUCAAAGACAUGCUUCUACUUGGUGGACUAACAUCUCCUCUAGAAGAAAACUUGAGGGAAAAGCUAAAGUGCAAACUUGGGAAAAGAUGCGAAAGCUUUUAACCAAGAAGUUCUUGCCCAGAGAUUACAAAUUCAAGGUUGGAAACUAUGCUAUCAUGUGUCCAAAUAAGAGAAAGGUGAUCUUCACUCAAGAUGUAGAGGAACAAGGAGCAUUGGAGCAAACACAGGUUCAUGACGGUAAGAAAUCAGAAGCUGUGGAGCAAAAAAAUCUCAUGAAUGAACCGUUGAGGUUCUUGGAAGAAGAAGAAGAAGAAGAAGAAGAAGAAAAGCUCAAGGGAAUUCAUGAAGGAAUACAAGGAACAAAGAACACUUAUCCUAAGUGCUCCAAGCUGCAUUCACAGGUCCCCUUUUCGCAAGCACCAAGACAUAGCUUCAUUGAAGAUGAGGAUGUAAGCAAGUUCCAUUCCAGCCCCUAUGAAGAGCCUAAAGAACACUUGAGUUUGAGGGCAAACUCUUUCGAACAAGGGGAGGAUGUUAUAUCCGGGCAUGCGCUGCCCAAACUCAUGGAUGUGCCACAAGUGUUCAAACAAAUCAAGGAAUUUAUGGGCUUAUGUUUGGGGUGCGGGAAGGAAGGACACUUCUGCAAGGAUUGCCCAACUAACCCCGGACGUGCCUUCCCUAUAGCAGAGGUGCAGACACAAACAGAUGGACAGAGGCCAGUACAAGGCCAGAGAAUGGACCCGAACGUGAACCUCAACGACAACCACUCCGAGGGAGAUAGCGUGUCUCCCCAACAACUUAAUGCGAACCAGAACCAGAAUGUCCCUCAUCAGGAAGCCCCGCACGGUGGACUUGCUGGGAUUCCGCAGAUGGAUCCUGCUCUCCUGAUGCAGCUCAUGCAACAAAUGCUUGAGGAAGAAUGGAGGGUAUGUCUACGGCGUCCAGGCAAGACUUUGGCGUCAUAUAUGAGCAGGCUAAUUAAGGAGGUGGUCAGGACCCGAGAGGGAGCAAAGCUGGUAGUGGAGCAAAAGGCAAACAAGAUGCUGGUGCAGGUAGCAAGUGUUGGUAAGGCCUAUUCGGGGAAGAGACCUCUGAGUGGGUCUGGUUUUCAGUUGUCCAAGAAAGCCAAGUCAGGACCAGCUCACUCAGUGGCAUCCAGCAGCAAGACAAGGCCGUCAAAGCAUCCAAUGUGUGAAUCUUGUGGAAGGAACCAUCCAGGGGAGUGUUGGAGGAGUUUAGGGUUGUGCAUAGGAUGCGGACAGUCUGGGCAUUACAGGAGGGAUUGUCCUAAGCAUCUACUCAGACGAUGGCUCCCCGACCUGCCCAGAGUCAGCGUUCGACGGUUGGGUCACAGCCUCAGCGACCCCCGCAACAGCGGCAGCCUUAGGCUGCACCACAUCAGCAGGGCAGGGCUCCAGCGAGGACAUACGCUAUGCAAGGGCGUGUCGAUCCUAAUCCUGAUGUCAUACUUGGUGGACGACGAGUUCUGUCCCAUGACACGGGACCAUGUCUCUAGUGGGAAGAGACCUGAGUUUACUGUUGAGGAUCGUCAACUCUCUAUAAGGCCCGGAGUCAAAGAUUCAAAGGCCUUUUGGAUCACUUUGAACCCCCACUCACCUCAAGCGCUCAAACAAUGAUUCCAAAAGAUGAAAAAGUUUAUAAAAGAGCGAAUCUUUCUUUCAUUCUAACUCCCAUGCACAAAGUAUUCAUGAAGAACAUUUGAUACACUUUAAUAAACUUUAAUGUCUAAUGAUGAAAAUAUUUUGCAGGUCUCCUUGAAUAACUCAAGCAUAAGAAUUGUAAUCUAUUCACAUAAGAAAACAUUACAUAUUUU